GGCCGCCGCUGGCGGGAGUUAAGCGGGACCCGGGAGAGCCGGUCGGUCCUGGCGGCUUCUGCCUCUCGGCCAGGAUCCUUCCUUCCCUCCCUCCCUCCGCGCCCGGCGAGAUGCUCUUCCGCUCGCUUCUUGCCCAGCCCCGGCAGGGCGGCACCUCGAACGGACGGUUUUCCCACUACCCUCUCCAGUCACUUUUAGCUGGCUACCAGUGCAGUUACCAAGAUGAUCAUCUUUCUUAUGGAGAGAUGGGUGUUCCAGUCCCUCCUUUCGGAUGCACCUUUUCUACUGCCCCCAACCUACAGCAUAUUCUUGCAGUUGCCAAUGAAGAAGGCUUCAUUAGCCUGUACAACACAGAAUCCCGCACUUGCAGAAAGAAAUUUUUCAAAGAGUGGAUGGCUCACUCCAACGCUGUCUUUGACCUGACUUGGGUUCCUGGAGAACAUCGACUUGUGACAGCAUCAGGAGAUCAGACAGCCAGACUGUGGGAUGUCAAAGCUGGAGAGCUGAUUGGAGUAUGCAAAGGUCAUCAGUGCAGCCUCAAGUCAGUUGCCUUUUCUAAAUUUCAGAAAGCUGUAUUUUGUACCGGAGGAAGAGAUGGCAACAUUAUGGUCUGGGACACCAGAUGCAACAAGAAAGAUGGAUUUUACAGGCAAGUGAAUCAAAUCAGUGGUGCUCACAACAUCUCAGAUAAGCAGACUCCUCUGAAGUUUAAGAAGAAGAAGCUGAAUGUGAGAGGACUUGCUCCUUCAGUGGAUUUUCAGCAAAGUGUGACUGUGGUUGUCUUUCAAGAUGAGCACACCCUAGUGUCAGCAGGAGCUGUGGAUGGAAUAAUCAAAGUGUGGGAUUUGCGGAAAAAUUACACCACCCAUAAGCAGGAGCCAGUAUCCUGCAAGUCCUUCUCAUACCCGGGUAACAGCACUCGCAAACUAGGAUACUCAAGUCUUGUUAUGGACUCCACUUGUUCCACUCUGUUUGCUAACUGCACAGAUGAUAAUAUCUACAUGUUCAAUAUGACAGGCUUACAGACCACUCCAGUGGCAACCUUCAGUGGACAUCAGAACUCCACCUUUUAUGUGAAAUCCAGUAUUAGCCCUGAUGAUCAAUUCCUGGUCAGUGGUUCCAGUGAUGAGGCUGCUUAUAUCUGGAAGAUCUCUGAGCCCCAACAUCCUCCUACUUUGCUCCUGGGCCAUUCUCAAGAAGUUACGACUGUGUGUUGGUGUCCUUCCGAUUUUACUAAGAUUGCUACAUGUUCUGAUGAUAAUACCAUGAGGGUUUGGCGCCUGAGACGUGGCAGUGAAGAGAAGUUGACUCCAGGCAAGAUGGCCUUGGUGGGUUGGGCCUAUCAGAAGAAAGCAGAGGAGAGAGCUAAAUUGGUGGAGGAAGGACACAUAAGGAAGGACGUCACAAGAUUAAGAGCAGAACCUGUUUUAGAAGAAGCAACAACAAGCAGCCAGAGCACUCCGGCCAAAGCCCCCCGGGUGGAGAGCAGCCCGUCCGUUUCCUCGCCGCGGUCCGCAGCUUGUGCUCCAAACUGUACUGGGGACCUCCCUCUCUCAUCCAAUACUCCCACAUCCAGCUUCAGAACUCCCCCUGCCAAUACCCAGACUCCAGUCCGUAGAAGGGAGUCCAUCUCCACCUCUUCUCCCAAGCCACCUUCCUCCUCCAAGAUGUCAAUUAGAAAUUGGGUGACCCGGACUCCUUACUCAACCCCACCUGCGACUAAAACCAAGACACCAUCUCCCAGAAAAAUCCUCGUCCCUGUGACCCAGACUCUGUCCCAGGUGGUGACCGUCCCCAAGGCAGCCACUCCAUCUGGAACAAAAGCUAAGAGGCGGUUGGACUCAAGCUGUCCGGACAGCAUUGAGCCAAAGUGUUUAAAAAAUUGCAGUUGUGUGAUGGAGCUUGAUGCUGAGGUUAAGAAAGCCAAGCUAGAUCUGUGUUGCCUGGCAGGGAACCAAGGCAGUGGUGAGGACUGUCUGAGCCUCACUCAAUUAAACGGACUUGAAGGGACCAGCCAGGGUUUGCAGGAUCCUUCCUCUCCUUCUAGUCCCCUUUCCCCAGAAGACUUUAGUUCACCCACUCUUCCUUCCAAAUCACCUCGUGGAACAGGGACCAAAGUGACAGACAAGGAAAAUAGUUCCCCCAAUUGGCUGGCUGCCAUGGGAGCAAGAUGGCGAACUGAGAAAGCUGGAAGCCGCAGUCCAUCUUCCAACAGUCCUUCCUCCUCUCAGACCCCUAAUGCUAGACGGCAGGAUGGGAAGAAUUCGCCAGGACCUGUUCCAACUACUCCAGUUUCCAUGAGGAAGAUCUGUACUUACUUCCACCGAAAGUCCCAGGAUGACUAUAGUAGCCCUGAGCAGUCAAAAGAAUUGUAGAUUUAAAUCUGAGAACUGGGGGUGGGUGGGGAUGUGACACUUGAGGUUUGCUUCUUUUGAGGGAAACGGCAACAGAAAUGAGCUCAUACUUUUGGGGGUCUUUAAUAAAGGUAACGUGGGGGUUUUGGAGGGUUUUUUUUUAAUUUUUAAAAGCCAUUCUUCUUAGCUCAUUUAAUUCAAUUCAGCAUGAAAUGCUAUGGAAUUGAUUCAUCUCUGGGAACAUAAUUAGAUGCUGCUGAUUUAGGAUGCAAAUUCACAAAGUACCGGUUGAUGACUUUUUAUAAAGCAUUCAGAAUGAUUACAGUUUUCACCUAGGAAGCAGGGUGUCGGCUUUACAGUAAGGACAAAACAGCUCAAUCUAGGCAUAGGGAGCUCAGUUCUCCCCUGCCUUGCUGCCGCACAUUGAAGCAAGCACAUAAAGCUCAGCAGCACAGUAGAGCAGUAUGGAAAGAUUCUCUGAUGUCAUAACCUUUUCACACUAGGUAUAUUUAUCGUAUUCCUUUAUACAACACUGAUCCUUGAAAUUUUUUUUAAGCAAGAAUCUUGUAAAGUGGCUACUUGUAAAUACAGUAGUUCAAUAUAUUCUGAAA